CAGGUAGAGAGGUGGAGACACACAGGUGGAGACACACAGGUAGAGACACAGGUAGAGACUCAGGUAGAGACUCAGGUAGAGACAGACAGGUGAGACACACAGGUGAGACACUCAGGUGAGACACGCAGGUGAAGUGGGAGGUGUGUGUGUUCUGGGCUCGGUGUGUUGGGUCUGCAGGAUGGUGGGUCUGGAUCUGAAGCGUGGACACAGACAGGUGUUCGUGGAGCUGAACGAGCUGGUGAUCGACAGGAACCAGGAGCUGCAGUGGAGGGAGACGGCUCGAUGGAUAAAGUUUGAGGAAGAGGUGGAGGAGGAGACGGAGCGAUGGGGGAGACCUCACAUCGCCUCGCUCUCCUUCAGAUCCCUGCUGGAGCUCCGGAAGACCAUCUCCCAUGGCGCCGUGCUGCUGGACCUGAAGCAGAAGACGCUGCCAGGUAUCGCUCAGCAGGUGGUCGAGCAGAUGGUGAUCUCAGAUCUGAUCAAAGCUGAAGACAGAGCCAACGUCCUGGGAGUUCUGCUGCUCAGACACAGUCACCCCAGUGAUGAGAAGGACCACAGCCUGUUCAGUAAAAACAUCUCUGCAGCCAACAUGGACGCCCUGAUUGACUGCCACAAUGGCCAAUCAGAGCCCUCCAUCCAUCUGACCAAUCACAGAGAGGCUGACGGGGAAAAGAGCAAGAACGAGGCGCUGCCCGUCACUCAGUCCAGAUCCAAGCACGAGGUGAAGCUGAUGGAGAAGAUCCCGGAGCGAGCCGAGGCCACGGUGGUGCUCGUUGGCUCAGUGGGUUUCCUGGAGCAGCCCUCCAUGGCGUUUGUCCGGCUGCAGGAGGCGGUCCUGCUGGACUCUGUCCUGGAGGUCCCGGUCCCCGUGAGGUUCCUGUUUCUCCUGCUCGGCCCCCCCACCGCCAACAUGGACUACCACCAGAUCGGACGCUCCAUCUCCACGCUCAUGUCCGACAAGCACUUCCACGAGGCGGCGUACCAGGCGGACGAGCGGCAGGACCUUCUGACGGCCAUCAACCUGUUCCUGGACUGCAGCGUGGUGCUGCCUCCGUCCGACGUGGGCGGAGACGAGCUGCUGCACUCGGUCGCUCGCUUCCAGAGGGAAAUGCUCCGGAAGAGAGAGGAGGAGAGCGGGAAGCUGCAGGAGAAGCAGAGCAGCGUCCAGCUGGAUGAAGACUCCCUGGUUCCCUCCAAAGUGGGCGAGGAGCCCCUGCGGCGAUCGGGCCGUCUGUUUGGAGGUCUGAUCAAAGACGUGAAGCGACGAUACCCUCAGUAUCUCAGCGACAUCCGGGACGCUCUCAACGCUCAGUGCAUGGCCGCCAUCAUCUUCAUCUACUUCGCCUCGCUGUCGCCCGCCAUCACCUUCGGAGGACUUCUGGGUGAGAAGACGGAGGGUCUGAUCGGGGUGUCGGAGCUGAUCGUGGCGACGGCGCUGCAGGGCAUCGUGUUCAGCGUCCUGGGAGCGCAGCCGCUGCUCAUCAUCGGCUUCUCUGGACCGCUGCUGGUGUUCGAGGAGGCUUUCUUCACCUUCUGUAAAGACAACGGCAUCGAGUACCUGACGAGCCGGGUGUGGAUCGGGUUCUGGCUGGUUCUCCUCGUCCUGCUCACCGUGGCCUUCGAGGGAAGCAUCCUGGUGCGCUUCGUCUCCCGCUUCACUCAGGAGAUCUUCUCCUUCCUCAUCUCCCUCAUCUUCAUCUACGAGACCUUCGCCAAACUCAUCAAGAUCUUCCAAGAGCAUCCUCUCAAAAACUGUUACCAUGGAAACAUCACGGUGUCUCCGUCCCUGUGCAACUUCACCUCGGCCGCCGGGGAUCCUGGGAAAGUUGUUGGAGAGCCGAACACCGCGCUGCUGUCCUUCGUUCUCAUGGUGGGAACGUACUUCAUCGCCUUCUACCUGCGCAAGUUCAAGAACAGCUCCUUCUUCCCUGGGACGCUCCGUAGGAUCAUCGGAGACUUCGGGGUCCCCAUCGCGAUCCUCAUCAUGGUGCUGGUGGACUACAGCGUGGAGGACACCUACACUCAGAAACUGAACGUGCCCAGUGGAUUCUCCGUGUCCAGUCCGGAGAAGCGCGGUUGGCUGAUCUCUCCGAUGGGCUCGGACGGGCAGUUUCCUGUUUGGAUGAUGGCCGCCAGCAUCCUGCCCGCCAUCCUCGUCUUCAUCCUCAUCUUCAUGGAGUCCCAGAUCACAGCGCUGAUUGUCAGUAAGAAGGAGCGGAUGCUGGUGAAGGGCACUGGUUUCCACCUGGACCUGCUGAUCAUCGUGGUGGUGGGGGGGGUCUCGGCUCUGUUCGGUCUGCCCUGGCUGUCUGCAGCCACCGUGCGCUCCGUCACACACACCAACGCCCUCACCGUGAUGAGCAAGGCCGUGGCGCCCGGAGACAAGCCGCGCAUACAGGAAGUGAAGGAGCAGAGGCUGACGGGCUUCCUGGUGGCCGUGCUAGUGGGUCUGUCCAUCGUGAUCGGGGAGGUUCUGCGUCAGAUCCCUCUGGCGGUUCUGUUCGGGAUCUUCCUCUACAUGGGUGUGAUGUCUCUGAACGGGAUCCAGCUCACUGAGCGGCUCAUCCUGCUGUUCAUGCCCCCGAAGUACCACCCCGACCAGAACUACGUCCGCAAGGUGCGCACGUUGAGGAUGCACCUGUUCACCGUGGUGGAGCUCAUCUGUCUGUCUCUCCUGUGGGUCGUCAUGGCGACCUCUGCGGCGCUGGCCUUCCCCUUCAUGUUGCUGCUGACCAUCCCAGUGAGGAUGCUGCUGCUGCCGCGCAUCUUCACCCGCAGAGAGCUGCAGAGCCUGGAUGCUGAUGACGCGGAGCCUCACCUGGAGGAGAAGGAGGGCCAGGACGAGCACUCUCAGCUGCAGAUGCCUGUGUGAUCUGUCGUUAGCAUUUAGUUAGCAUAUUGUUAGCAUUUCUCUCAUGUAUCCUGCAGCAGUGUGGCAGCUGGAAACCAUGUUUUUAUAAAUGUGACUGUAUUUUCUGCUUGUUUCUGUCUGACUGCCUGACCUGGGAUCUGAUCUGUGCAACACUAUAGGGGGGAUUCACAGAGGAGUGAUGCUUCACUACAGAUGUGUGUUAAUUAUAUUACAGCACAAACACAUAAAUAACGCUCUGCAGCUGUUUUCCUCAUGUAUUUUCAAAAAUGGAUUUAAGAUAACAGUUCCCACCAACUCUCUGAAGAUGAUAAUCAUGUCUCCAUGAAGGUGUAUUUCCCUCUCAGGACCCCUCAGUGAACCCCCUGAGUGUUUCACAGAUCACACUAACUGGAAAAUGCUCUCUGUUGGUACUCUGUCUUCCUGUCUGUUGGUUUCAGAUUCUAUCAAUAAAUGCAUAUUUUAU